UUGCAUCUUAGGUACCAUUAUGACCUCUGCUUAUGGCCAUUCAGUAACUAUGGUAUUUAUUGCAGGGGUUGCUGACAUUCAGGGAUGUGGCCAUAGAAUUCUCUCAGGAGGAGUGGGGCUGCCUGAGCCACAGUCAGCAGGAACUGUACAGGGAUGUGAUGUUAGAGACCUAUGGACACCUCCUCUUCUUGGGUCUUGUUUUGUCAAAGCCAGACCUGGUCAUCUUUUUGGAACAAAAGGAGCUCUGGGAUGUGAAGAGAAAUCACACAGUAGCCUCACACCCAGCUGUAUCUUCACAUGAUACCCAGAGCCUCUUUCCAAAGAUGUGCAUAGGAAGUAUUUUCGAAAGAGUGUCAGUGGAUAAAUAUAAACAUAGUGCCCUUGAGAAUGGACACUUAGUGAUAGAGUGGAACAGUGUUGGGGAGAGACCAGGGCAUCAAAGAUCUCAUGAAACACAUAUGCAAAUAGAGACAACUGCCCAUUAUAAGAAUCUCACUGCCCAAAACAGUGAAGGAUAUAAAACAUUUUGGAAACCCCCCCUCUCUAACACUGUUACUUCUGCAGGGCAGUGUGUUUCUAUAAUCAAAGGCUCAAAUCAAGUGGUCAAACAGUCAUAUUUGCAGAACAAAAAUUUGGAGAAUCUGGAAAGUGACCUAGCCCAUGCUGAAAAUACUUCUUUGCACCAUUUUGACAAUAGGAUUGCAUUACCCUUUCAGUCAAAUAUUUCUGAAAGUCAGAGAUUGAAAAAGGAAGACAAAAAUGGUAAGUGGUAUCCAUUUGAGGGGUCCUUCCCUGAGCAGUCGACCUUACAACAAAACCACAGCAUCUUCAAUGAAAACAGAAUUGCUCAUUGCAGUGAAUCUGAGAAAAUACUGAACCAGGAUUCAAAUGUUAAUAAAUAUCUACGGACUCCUUUGCCAGAGAACCAUUGUGACUGCACUACAUGUAGGGAAGUCUUUUAUCAAAGCUCAAACCUUAUUAGACAGAAGAGAAUACAUUUGGGAGAGAAUCCUUCUGAAUAUACUGAGUGUGGGAAAAUUCUUAACCAGUCCUCCAAUGUUGGUGAUCAUCCGAGGAGUCCUGUGGGAAAAAACCCGUACACAUGCAAUGAACCUGGGAACGUGUUUAGUCAGUCAUCAAGACUUGAUAUCAAUAAGACAAUCCAUAUUGGGAAGAAAGUUUACAUUUGUAAGGAAUGUGGCAAAGCCUUCAACUGGCACUCAACACUAAUUCUACAUCAGCAAAAGCAUACUGGAGAGAGACCUUACAAAUGUGAAGAAUGUGGUAAAACUUAUAAGUACAGCUCAUCACUAAAUAAACAUAGGAUAAUCCAUACUGGAGAGAAAAUUUACAAAUGUCAAGAAUGUGGCAAGGCCUUUAACUGGCAGUCAGGCCUUAUUGGACAUCGGAAACUUCAUGCUGAGGAGAAACCUUACCAAUGUAAAGAAUGUGGCAAGGCCUUUAAAAGGUACUCAAGCCUUACUGUACAUCACAGAAUUCACACUGGAGAGAAACCUUACCAAUGUAAAGAAUGUGGCAAGGUCUUUACCCACCAGACAAGCAUUAUCAGACAUCACAGAAUCCAUACUGGAGAGAAACCUUACCAUUGUAAAGAAUGUGGCAAGGCCUUUAUCCAGAAAUCAACCCUCUUUGUACAUCAGAGAAUUCAUACAGGAGAGAAACCUUACCAAUGUGAAAAAUGUGGCAAGGCCUUUACCCAGACCUCAAACCUUAUGGCACACCACAGAAUUCACACUGAAGAGAAACAUUACCCAUGUAAAGAAUGUGGCAAGGCCUUUAUUUGAGGUUAAACUUCAUUAUAUAUCAAAGAAUUCAUACUGGAAAAGAAACUUAAAAUGUAUAGAAUGUGGUAAAAUUUUUAGGACUGCUCAACUCUUACUCAGCAUCACAGAGUUUAGACUCAGGAGAA